UUGCCUUCUCCCCGCACGGGACGAGAGGCAGCACUUCAAGUCGGGGAAGAGGAGAGGCAGGCAGCCAUUCCUUGGCUCUCCACCUAGAAGGGCUCCAAAGGCCAAGGGGUGAGGCCUAGUCGCUCCUCUCUUCUGAGUUUGAAAACAUCUUUCAAGCUGACAAACCAACAAUGAGAAUAUGAAGAGAAACAAGUAAUUCAGUCUUGGCGUUGAAUUGCUGUGUCCGACAGAUUCAAUCAAUAAGGAAGAUGCUGUGUCCGACCGAUUGAACAAGGAGUAACCGAUCAUGACCAUGUGCUGAAGUUUCUAAUAUCAGCCAAGAUGAAUACCUUUCUUCUGCUUCUGACUUGGAGUUUAAUCUUCAGUUUAGCACAUGGGCACAGCUUAUUCACUUGUGAGCCCAUUCAUAUCCCAAGAUGUACAUCAAUGUCCUACAAUAUGACGUUCUUCCCCAAUAUAAUGGGGCAUUACGAUCAAUAUACUGCAGCUCUACAUAUGAAGCCGUUCCUUCCUCUUAUGAAUAUUGAGUGUUCACCAGAUGUUUGUACAUUUUUGUGCAAAGCAUUUGUGCCUCUCUGUGUGGAACCAGCGCGUGUAAUUCACCCAUGCCGAAGUCUUUGUGAAAGAGUUUACUCUGACUGUAAACAAUACAUGGACACCUUUGGAAUCACCUGGCCUGAGGAGCUUGAAUGCAACAGAUUGGAGGAUUGUGAUGAAACUGCUGCCGUCACUCCUUUUGCAACCACAAGAGCCCAUGGCACACAGAAGACCCUACGACAGCCUAGAAGAGAUUAUGGAUUUUGGUGUCCACGUCAUCUGCAGACUUCCAGAGGACAAAGCUACAAGUUUUUGGGAAUUGAUCAGUGUGCACCUCCAUGUCCCAACAUGUAUUUCAGUGACCAUGAGCUAGAUGUUGCCACAAGCUUCAUUGGGAUUGUUUCAAUAUUUUGCCUCUGCGCCACUCUGUUUACAUUCCUUACAUUUUUGAUAGAUGUUAAGCGGUUCAGGUAUCCAGAGCGGCCGAUCAUAUAUUACUCUGUUUGUUACAGCAUAGUGUCGCUUGUCUACUUCCUUGGCUUUCUUUUGGGCAAUAGAAUAGCCUGCAAUCAAGCAGAUGAAAAGCUCCAACUCGGUGCCACAGUUGUUCUUGGUUCUCAGAACAAAGGCUGCACAAUUGUUUUUAUGGCCUUGUAUUUUUUCACAAUGGCCGGAACUGUAUGGUGGGUGAUUCUCACAGUCACUUGGUUCCUCGCUGCCGGGCGCAAAUGGAGUUGUGAAGCUAUUGAACAGAAAGCAAUGUGGUUCCAUGCUGUUGCCUGGGGCAUGCCUGGCUUUCUCACUGUUAUGCUGCUGGCGAUGAACAAAGUGGAAGGUGACAACAUCAGUGGUGUUUGUUUUGUUGGCCUCUAUGACUUAGAUACAUCCCGAUACUUUGUCCUUUUGCCUUUGUGCCUUUGUGUUUUUGUUGGUUUGUCUCUUCUUCUAGCGGGAAUAAUUUCUCUAAACCAUGUGCGGCAAGUCAUACAGCAUGAUGGCAGGAAUCAAGAGAAGCUGAAGAAAUUCAUGAUUCGAAUUGGUGUCUUCAGUGGCUUAUACCUAGUACCUCUAGUAAUGCUCUUGACAUGCUACACCUAUGAACAAGUGUACAGAAAGAUCUGGGAAAUCACUUGGGUGUAUGACCAUUGUGAUGAGUUCCAUAUACCUUGCCCCUAUCAGGUCAAGACAUUAGCGAGGCCUGAAAUGUUUUUGUUUCUGAUGAAAUAUCUGAUGACCUUAAUUGUUGGCAUCUCUCCAGUCUUCUGGGUGGGAAGCAAAAAGACCUGUUCAGAAUGGGCAAAUUUCUUCAACAGGAAUCGCAAAAGAGACCCAAUCAGCGAAAGCCGGAGAGUGUUGCAAGAGUCAUGUGAAUUUUUCUUAAAGCACAACUCUACAGCAAAGCACAGAAAGAAGCACUACAAAUCCAGCUCUCACAAGCUGAAGGUAAUUUCUAAAUCAAUGGGGACCAGCACAGGUGUCACAACCAAUCAUGGCACUUCUGCAGCAGCAAUUGCAAACCAUGAUUACUUGAGCCAAGAGACUUUCACUGAGAUCAAAAGCUGCCCAGAAUCAUCUGAGAAAAAUUUGGAAGCAGAUGGAGCGGCCAGCCAAAAAGUGGAGGAGGAGGAGUUUGCCCACAGUGUAAAGAGUGGAUUGUCCAUGGUAACCAGCCCUAAAGUGCCUUUGGAACAAGUAGAAAAGAGCAGCAAGGCAGACAAUGUGCAAAAUAUCAGCUUCUCAGAAAGUGUGAAGAGAGCGGCUGAAGGAAGGACAACUCCGAAAAGUGACUUUAUUGAAGCUCUACCACUUCAAGCCAGUCAUCCACCCCUCGAUAUUUCCCAGACAGGCAGCCUGAAAGGGUCGGCUUCGUUAUUUGCCCACUCUUCUUCAGAUUCAAGACGAGCCCAGGAGUCUGGUCAUAGUUCAAAUGGUUAAAGAUGCAAAAUACUACUGUGAAUAUUUUUUCAGGUCAUAAAAUUGAUGGAUUCCUUGUUACACUGGAAAUGAAUGUUGCAUUGUGUCUUGUAAGUUAGCACUGUGCACAUCUGUAUAGACUGCACUUCUGGCAAAACUUAAUUUUUAUUGUAAUGAUUCCUAGUUGUUCACACUCCAAAAGUUUACCAGCUACCUGUAGGCCUUGGAAAAGAAAAUGAGGGCAGAAUGUAACUUACCAUUUAGUACAUACUUGAAUCUGUCAGCAGUACACAUUUGUAGCAGUUUGAUAUCACUUCAGCUGUCAUAGCUGCAUCCUGAGGCAUCCUAGUACUGUACUUGCACUGUCUGCAAAUUCUUUGCUAAUUUAUCGUGGUGCUGCAAACAAACUGCAAAUCCCAGCAUUCUGUAGGGUGACGUCAUGACAGCUAAGACAAUAUCAAAUCUGUAACUGUGCUGUAGAUAAGUGCUGUUUGCUAGGUUACGUUAGAGCAGGUAUCGGCAAACUUCGGCCCUCCAGGUGUUUCGGACUUCAACUCCCACAAUUCCUUACAGCCUACCGGCUGUUAGGAAUUAUGAGAGUUGAAGUCCGAAACACCUGGAGGGCCGAAGUUUGCCCAUGCCUGCAUUAGAGCAACAAGAAAGAUAUGAUACUCUGAAAUAUUUUGGGAAAACUUACUUUCCUGUGAGAAGUGCUAUUUACUGUUUUAAAACCAUAAAAUAGCUGUGCCACAGAUACAGGGCAAGCUAGUAUUUAAAGAUAUUGCUUGAGAUUAUCAUUACAAGCAGCUAUGUGUUUUACGUAGAGCUCAGAGGUGGCUCAUGGCUUUUUGUGUAAGCGGAGCAGUGAAUGUAUGCUACAUUUUACCCCUAAACUCUAUGUAAAAGAUCUGAGUGAGGCACAGAAUUCUAUGUACAGAAUAUAUCCACUAUAUAGCUAAUUUAAGAUUGAAAUCUGCAAUGGAUUCGUUGACCCGUUGAUUUGGGGGCAACCAGCUUAAUACAGAAUAAGGUAAAGGUAAAGGUUUCCCCUUGACACUCAGUCUAGUGUCCGACUCUGGAGGAUGAUUAUUACCUCUAUUUCUAAACUGAAGAGCCGGCGUUGUCCGUAGACACCUCUAAGGUCAUGAGCAUGGCCAUACAGCCUGAAAAACCUACAACAACCCGGAAACAUGGACCUUCUUUAGAACAGAUGUGGGGGACAUUUGACACUUCUGGCAUGUUUGAUUAUUACUCUAACAGCCUUUUAAGUAUUGAUCAUGAUGGCCGGGGCCUUUGAAGGAUUACAUCCAAAAUAUAUAUUUUGAGGUGGUGUGUGGUGGGGUGUGGUUCCUCACUCAUACUUUGCAAUGUAUUCAUUUCAAAGGGCUUGUUUACACUGACGAAAAUAAUAAUUGUUUCACACAUUUUCACAGUUAGUAGUGACCCUUUUAAUGCCACACAUAUCACAAAUACUGUGGCACAAUUACCACGACAGGCCACACAUUUCUCCCUGGGGAACUUACCUUGGUGCUAGAGAGCAGUCAACAAUCUCCAAUAUUAUGCAUUGGCUACAAACUGUAGCUGCGCCCCUCUUUCCCUUUCCCAGUAUGCAUGUGAGUAUACACACACACACACACACACGGAUUAAACCCUUGUGCCAGCAGGACUGAAGACCAGCAGAUAGGAGGUUCAAAUCUGGGGAGAGCGCAGAUUAGCUCCCUCUGUCAUCUCCAGCUCCAUAUGCGGGAUCAUGAGAGAAGCUUCCCACAAGGAUGAUAAAAUUAUCAAAAACAUCCGGGCUUCCCCUGGGCAACAUCCUUGCAGAUGGACAGUUCUCUCACACCAGAAGUGUCUUGCAGUUUUUCAAUUCGCUCCUGACUAUCUAUCUAUCUAUCUAUCUAUCUAUCUAUCUAUCUAUCUAUCUAUCUAUCUAUCUAUCUAGUAGGGAUUAUAUAAUAGGUUUGGGGGACUUGCUUUUGAAAAGUUCUGGAUUGGAAUUCUAAAAAUCAGAACUGAUACCCAAAGUGGGAGAGACUGAUUUCUUAUGUAUAGUCGUCUUGCAAGGAGUUUGGGGGUCCUGCCUUAAUGUUAGAAAAAGCAUAGCGAGUCAGAGACAGGGUUUUGGCAUCUGUUCUCAAAGAUCUUUCAUUUUGUUUAGGGGAUCGGUAAUGCUGCUCGUGCUUAAUUGAAAGGGAACAGCACACUUCCUAUGUUCAGAAGCACUUUUAGUAUAUUCCUACAGGCUAGCAGUUGUUUACCCUUGGCUGACAAGCCUAGGCACAAUUGUAGACUUCUGCCUAUUGGAAUCUCAUGGUUUUUAUUGAUGAGCUUCUCAUAAGUGAAUGAUGGUCUCACUGGUGAGUAAUGUUUAUAGCGAUGAGUAAUUCUAUGACACUAACAUUGCUGUACUUUUAUAACUUUUCUGCAUCUGUGCCUAUUCUGAGAAUUGCAUUUUUAAGCGAGUAUAGUUAAUUUGUUAAGCAGACCUAGUUUUUGCAUUAUAUUUUGUGGGUUAUGUUCAGGAUGCAAGAUAAAACUACUGCAUUAAAAAAUUAUGUAAAUGAAAGGUGAAUAAGGAGGCUUGUUCUGAUGGACCAAUUCUUGAUUUAAACGUGGAAUGCUGAAUUUUGAAUGUAUUCUGUUCUCUGCAUUAUGUAACUUUGUAAUUUAUUACUGUAAGCAAAGAGUAUUGGGGUUUUUACUGGAUCGUUAUUUUCAGCGCACAGUAUUUUUGCAGUAAUGAGAAAAGCCUGACACUAUUGUAAAUAUUCAGAGGUGGAAAAACUUUAAAUGCUCUUUUAUUGCCAUGUCUGUAAUUUUUUAAAAAUUUUGUACACAUUUUGGCACAUGUAUUUUUUACUAUCAAGGUCAAUAAAGUUUCUAUACUAUAUAAAA